UUUGCAACGAAGAUAGUUCCUGCGUCGAUUGGUCCUUCUAUAGCUACAGGUGGCGCAGUGUCGAUCAAAGCAAGCAACGCAGCAAGCGCAAAACCUUCACCGACACCUAAGAAGCAGGCCAAGAGGACUCCGAUAGACAAGGCUUUUUACGAUCAUUUGCGUCCGCAGGUUAACGCGCAGCUCUUGCAGAGACAACCAAGUAACAAUAAUCUUCGUGGUCCUCGCGGUAAGAAAAUAGACAAGACUAUGGAAUUAUCACAUUCUACUUCCAAGAACCCUCAAGGGUCUAUGAUUCAACAGCAAGCCUUUUCUUCUUCAUCGUCUUGCAUGCAACAACGGAACACACCAAGAGCUGUCGCGCCACCGGAUCAAG